CACAGCCCGCAGGGGCUCACAGGCAGCGGCUCUCGCUCCUCCGCGCCGGCGGGGUUUGACAAAGGCCGUUUAAGAGCCGAGCGCCCAGGGCCCUGCAGCCGCAGGCGCACGCCGUGCCGGGGGCGAGGCGGCUCCGAGCAGCCCCGUAUACGGGGAACCCGAACCCGUACCCGCGGGGCUCGCACCGCCGCCGGCCGAGCCCGCCGCCCGCUCAGCGGGACGACCUGCUUUGGGCGCCUUUUUGCGACGGUGCCGCUUCAGAGAGGCAGCUUCAUUUACGGCAGGCAGCCUCGUUUACGGCAGUGGGGGCAGUCGCCCGGUGGCGGUGCUAGCGGAAGCGGGUGGCCCGGCUCGCACGUGGAGGAGGCAGUAGAGAAUGUCUUUUCGUGGAAGAGGAGGUGGAGGAGGAAGAGGAGGCAGCUUCAAUCGUGGAGGAGGUGGUGGUGACAGAGGUGGCUUUAAUCGUGGUGGACGAGGUGGCUUUGGACGGGGAGGUGGACGAGGAGGCUUCAACAGAGGCGGAUAUGACCAGGGGCCUCCAGAAAGUGUAGUUUUACUGGGAGAGUUCAUGCAUCCAUGUGAAGAUGACAUUGUUUGUAAAUGUAAAACAGAAGAAAACAAGGUGCCUUAUUUCAAUGCCCCCGUGUACCUGGAUAAUAAGGAACAGAUUGGCAAAGUGGAUGAAAUCUUCGGACAGCUGAGGGAUUUUUAUUUUUCAGUGAAACUGUCUGAGAACAUGAAAGCCUCUUCAUUUAAAAAAAUGCAAAAGUUUUACAUUGAUCCAGCAAAGCUACUACCCCUUCAGAGAUUUUUGCCAAGGCCACCUGGAGAAAAAGGUGCUCCCAGAGGACGUGGUAGAGGGGGACGUGGUGGUGGACGUGGAGGAGGAAGAGGUGGUGGCAGAGGAGGAUUUGGAGGAGGAAGAGGUGGAGGAAGAGGAGGAGGAGGGUUCAGAGGAGGAAGAGGUGGAGGAGGAGGAAGAGGUGGAGGAGGAUUCAGAGGAGGAAGAGGUGGUGGAGGAGGCUUUCGGGGAAGAGGAUAUUAAACAUGAAGCCACGAAUAUCUCCCCACUGUCUUAGCACAUCAUCUGCAUAAGUGAAGAACAAGGAAAAAACUUUCUAAAGGACCCUGAAAAAGUUCUUUUUAUGAAGAACUUUAAGCUGUAAAAUAACAUUAUUUUUACAGUUAAUGACUAUUGAUCAACACAUGAGGAGAGCACAGCUCCAGGCAAAGAACUAAAGACUCUUCAGAAUAUACUUGAACUUCUUUAACUAAGCCAGGAUUCAACGUUAUCCUUGAACUGUUUGUUUCUGAGGAGUAACGUAGUCAAUGCUUGACUUCAUGUUGGAGUUUGGAGUAAGCAAUCAGUUGAAAUGUUUUUUAAAAACACCCUACAGGUUCACUAGUGCACAUUCAUCAGUAUGAACCUGUUACCUGUGUGUGACUGAUCCUCUUUUUUUAUAUUGAAUCUUCUGGGUUCCUCUAAAAUGGACAUGCCAUUUAAACAACCUUUGUGAACCUUUUUUUUUACAAACUAAGCUUCAAAAUUUUGUGGUGUUAAAAUUUGUUUAUACAUAAUUAUGUGUAAAAGGAAAGGAAGAAGUAAAGGAUAUUUUGUGGAUUUUUCUGUGUAAAUGUCAGUGAAAGCCAAACACAUGAAGACAUCUUCUUAGAAGUUGCUGUCUAAUGAAUAAGACAAGGUUAAUACUAUUAAGUCACCUAAUUAUAUCUAAUUGCAUUGAUAUUAAAAUUGCUGAGGGUAUUUAACUGUUCCCACCUCCACCUUAGCCUGUUUCUCCUAAGGUUUUGAUGUCCUGGCACUGCACUUCUGUGGUGCUCUGAGCUUGCACAGGGCUAAGAUUAGAUAGCCCAUCGUAGGGCUCCUCUGCACACAGUGAUUUUGGUUAAGCAUUGCUUAAAAAAGGCAUAAAAAAAUCUGCAUGAGUCUCUGGUCUCUUUAAUUGGAUGUAUUAUGAGAAUUGCUGAAAAGCUAGUAACUGUCUCUUAAUGAUGGAGAAGAAGGUUCUUCUCUGCUCUUAGCUUUGGAAAUAACAGAAAAAUAGAAUCUCCCUGGAUUUCAUACAGAGACAGGAGUCUGUUCACAUUCCCAUACCAAGCACUUUUAAAAAGGGAUCUGUAGAAUAAUCUACAUGAAAGUAUUUUGAACAUCUCGUUCAGUGUGGAAAGCAGUGAAUUUCAGAAUUCAUUGUACUGUUCUACUUUUUAAUUAAUGAAUGCAGUAACAGGCAAAUGAGUUAUAUUAGCCUUCUGCUUAACAAGAAGAAAUAGGUAAUUUGUCAGCACCAGGACUGGACAGUUAUUGGUCAUUUUAACAAACAUGACUGUUUCUUUCAAUAGUCUCUGGAACAAAACUUAAAGUGAGGUAGCAAAGCAAAUAUUCAAGAAUUAAAAUAAGUCUGAGCAGGUGCUUCAUAGGGUAAUAGAUAAAAAUGUUCUUCAGCUUAAAAAAACUCUGAAACACUUAGAUUUCUGCUAGAUCUGUGUUUGUGAGAUGAAACUGAGUCUGCUGUUCAACCACAGCAUAUUCAGGAAUUGAGGGAUACUGAUUACAUUCCUGGUAUUGCUAUAGAUUUAACUUCAACCAGGUCAGUUUAAAUCAAGACCUCUGGAAAUGUUUAGACUGCUGCUGCUGUGUGUUGCUAGGCCUAAGUUACUUGGGCUCUGACUUAAGGUAUUGUAGACAAAAUCCUAUGCAAGUUGCAUUUCUUCAUGAACAAUACCAACCUGCAGUGAAGCUGGAAUUGUCAGUACUUUUGUGAUACUUGUACUUUCAUCCUCUGCUGCGCUGUUUCUUCACUGAUGCUUCAGUAGCUAGUUGCAGGUAGCUGAAGCAUAGUGAAAUCUUUCCUUAUUCUUCUGGCUGUGUAAGACUAACAUAACACAGUCCUCACUCCUACACCUAAAUUCAUUUCUGUUUUGCUAUUCUCACUGCAUGCUUUAGGGACAUACUUUUUCGCAAGGUAUCAGAAGACUACUGCCAUCAUCUUUAAACUGCAUUGUGUGACGGCUGAUGUUUCUAUUGCACGAAGAACCAUCUUUCAGCCUAGGACAAGAAGUGUAUGCCAUGAAUCCCACAGCAGAUGGAGCAGUGAGUCAGCCUGAAGCUGUUGCAAGGCCAAAGCAAAGCCUUCUACAUCUGUGUGCAGAGGGGUUAAAGAACAAUAUCCAUUGCUGCUCCAGAGGGAGGAUCAGACUCGAUUAUAGGGAACUUGAUUGCAGUCCAAACUGGGAAAUGCAUGAGGAGCAUUAUGGCAUGCGCUGUGCAUACAAACAAUGUUGGAUGGAAUUAACACAAACAUCCAGAGGAAGUUUAUAAUCUUAGAUCUUUGUGGAGGGUGUAGGAUGUCCAGAUGCUAAUGGAAGAGAGUCCAUAGUGAUUGGGUGGGAAAUGAGCUCCCCCAUAAGGGGGAAGGAUUCAUGUUUGGUUGUGGCAAGGCCCAUCCAGUCACUGGUCCCUGUUCUGCUCUGUUUUCUGUGUGCCAUGGCAUGACCCUGCCCUCCUAAUGCAAGUAGCUGCUAACUGUAGUAGAUGAAAAUUCAGUGCUUUAAAAAAAUUAAGGCAUGUUUUGUGUGCAGUGUGAUGCUGUGAUGAGCUAAUACAGGUUCUCUAAUUUUACAUGA